UGGAAGUAAAGAAAAUUUAAGGGAUAAUAUGACCUCUUGAGAUUCUGUCUUAGCAAGAAGAAAGUGGAACAUACUCUUGGAAAGAAAACUAAGACAUUAAGAAAGCCAGAACUUAUUUUUACAUGGUUGUCCACUCAGUUACCAAUAUGGACGGUUUUCCCACCAUUUUUCCUCCUGGUGGAGACAGUGAAUUGAGACAUUCUCAAACUGAGUUCCAAAAAAUGUUAACUGAUGAACGAUUACGAUGUGAACAUCAUAAAAAUAAUUAUCAGACUCUGAAAACUGAACACAGAAGGUUGCAAAAUGAGUAUGUAAAGUCACAAAAUGAACUCAAGCGCCUAUUAAAUGAAAAGCAAACUCACCAGGAAAAGUUUCAGAUGCUGCUUGAAGAGGUACGAGGAGAAUUAGUAGCGAAAACUAAAGACUUAGAAGAGAUGAAGCUGCAGGUAUUAACUCCACAAAAGUUGGAAUUGUUACGAGCCCAAAUACAACAAGAGCUGGAAACUCCAAUGAGAGAACGUUUUAGGAAUCUAGAUGAAGAAGUGGAAAAGUAUAGAGCUGAGUAUAAUAAGCUUCGCUAUGAACAUACAUUUCUCAAAUCAGAAUUUGAACACCAGAAAGAAGAAUUUGCACGUAUUUUAGAAGAAAAAGAAAUAAAACACAAGUCAGAGAUUGCAAGAUUGGAGGAAGAUAAAGAACUCCUUAACCAGUUGCACAGUGUUGAUCCCACAAGAGAGGGCAAACGAGUGGACCAACUUGUUCGAGAAAAAACCCAUUUGAAUCAGAAAUUAAAAAGUUUAGAAGCUGAAGUAGCAGAAUUAAGAGCUGAAAAAGAAAAUUCUAGUGCUCAGGUGGAAAAUACCCAAAGAAUUCAGGUGCGGCAGUUGGCUGAGAUGCAGGCUACAGUCAGAUCCCUGGAGGCUGAAAAACAGUCAGCUAAACUACAGGCUGAACGCUUGGAAAAAGAGCUACAAUCAAGCAAUGAACAAAACACUACGUUAAUUAGUAAAUUGCAUAAAGCUGAACGGGAAGUAAAUACAUUGGCCAGUAAAGUAAAGGAGCUUAAGCAUUCAAACAAACUAGAAAUAACAGACAUCAAACUGGAGGCAGCAAGAGCUAAGAGUGAGCUAGAAAGAGAAAGGAGUAAAAUUCAAAGUGAACUGGAUGGAUUACAGUCAGACAAUGAAAUUCUCAAAUCAGCUGUUGAACACCACAAAGCGCUCUUAGUAGAAAAGGACCGUGAAUUAAUACGUAAAGUACAAGCUGCCAAAGAAGAAGGUUAUCAAAAACUUGUGGAAUUACAAGAUGAAAAGCUAGAACUUGAGAGCAGAUUAGCGGAUUUAGAGAAAAUGAAAGUGGAACAUGAUGUCUGGAGGCAGUCUGAAAAGGAUCAGUGUGAAGAGAAAUUGCGAUCUUCACAGAUGGCAGAAGAGUCGGCCAGAAGGGAACUACAGAGUAUUAGGUUAAAACUUCAACAACAAAUUGUGGAUAUUGAAAAUGCAGAAAAAGAAAAAAAAGAAAAUUCUGACCUGAAACAGCAAAUCAAUGGUUUGCAGAUCCAAGUGACCUCACUGGCAAAGUCAGAAAAUGAGUUGCUGAAUUCAAACCAAAUAUUGAAGGAAAUGGUGGAGAGGUUAAAACAGGAAUGCCGAAAUUUAAGAAGCCAAGCUGAAAAAGCACAACUAGAAGUUGAAAAGGCAUUGGAAGAGAAGCAAAUACAGUGGUUGGAAGAAAAGCAUAAGCUUCAUGAACGUAUCAAUGACAGAGAAGAAAAGUAUAAUCAAGCUAAAGAGAAAUUGCAGCGAGCUGCAAUUGCCCAAAAGAAGAGAAAAUCUCUGCAUGAAAACAAACUGAAGAGACUGCAGGAAAAGGUAGAAAUCUUAGAGGCAAAGAGAGAAGAAUUGGAAACAGAAAAUCAGGUGUUAAAUAGACAAAAUGUUCCAUUUGAAGAGUAUACAAGGCUUCAAAAAAGACUAAAGGAUAUACAGAGAAGACAUAAUGAAUUUCGAAGUUUAAUUUUGGUUCCUAAUAUACCUCCAUCAGCAUCCAUCAAUCCUGUUAGUCUUCAGUCAUCAACUGUGAUUCCAGGCAUGGAACUGUCCUUUCCUCCUCACAUGCAGGAGGAACAGCAUCAAAGGGAACUCUCUCUACUUCGCAAAAGACUAGAAGAACUUGAAACAACACAAAGGAAACAACUAGAGGAACUUGGAUCUCCUGGGGAAUGAUUUGCUUGGAGAAAAGGCAGAUCAAAAGGGAUGAAAUCAGUGACUCAAUAAAGCUUGAAGUUUUAAUGUAUGUGGCAUUUUAGAUACUUCAUUACUGUUUGCCAAAACACUUGACUGUGCCUCAAGAAAAGGUACUAGCUACAUGCUGUGUUGCAUGAAUGUCAGGAUUUUAAGGUUAUAGUAAUGAUAAGUGAAGCCCUAAGACAGCUUCAGAGAUAUUUAGAAUAUUAUUGACAGCCCUUUGAGAAUGUUAAAUAAAUGAACAAAUAAAAAGGAAAUAGGGAAUCAAGUUUUUCAAUUAUUAAUUUUACUUUGUUGAAUUUUUUUUUGGGGGGUGGCAUUUUGCCUAAAUAUGACUUUGUUGAAUUCCCUCUUCUUUGAGGUGCUUAGCAAUCACAUGGUCAGAAAUGUUUUCUGGUUUACUAUAUGUAAAAGUUACAAACCUCUACUUCUUGAAAAAAGAUGACAAUUUAAAGUCAGCAUAAAACUUAAGAUAUCUAUAUAUAUUACACAACACUACCUUUUCUAAAAGCUGUAUGCACAUAAUUUAUUAAAAGCUUAAUAAAUAUUUUUCUAGUUAUAUUGUUUUGUGUUUGUUUUAACCAUACAGUGUAGAAGAUCUCACUAAUUUUGGCUUUGUUGAGUUAGAAUUAAUAGAAAAUAACAAAGUACAAAUAAUGAAGUCCUGUGGCUGUAUAAUAAAACAAGGGCCAUUUAUUGUAAAACUUGAACCCAGUGGGGUCCCUUUAGAAAUAAUGUUGGUAUUUAACUUUGUCUCCUGCAGUUUUGGAUCUAACCAAAUUGUUAUAAAUGUUUUAUUUCUCUGUGUCCCUAAGUAUGCCAUCAUUUGCUUUUUUAUGUAACAUCUUUUAAAGGCAUUCUGCUGGAAUAACUUCAUGUCAACAAGGCAAAGCUAAAGUGUGCUGGACUAAGUGGAAUGUUCAUUAUCUAGACGUCAUCACAUUCAAAAUUCCAAGAUGACAGUGGAGGCCAGGAGUAGAUUGCAUAGCCUUAACAUCAUUUAGAAGAAACUAGAUUUACUUACUAUAUAAUAUAGCUGCUAAUUUACAAAGUGUAUACAGUGACACUUUGUUCUUGAAAAAUAAUUUCCGUGGAGCUACUUAGAAUGAAAAAAAAAUCUAUUACUAGAAAACUUGAAGGAAGAAAAAGACAAAAACAGUCCAUAUUUACAUCAAAAUGUUUAUUUUUGGAUAUAGACAUUUAAAACAUUCAUCUCCAAGAACUGCUUCAAUCAGGUAUACAAUAAGAAAUAGACUUUAAAUCCCUAAUACAGAAAAAAGUAACAGAAUUAGUUUUUAAAUGCUGCUGUAGACACUAGUGUUAGAAAAAAGAAAAGCUUAUAAAUGGUUUUGCACCAAAAAAAUAUGCAAGGAAACUUGAAAAUAGAAAUUGUUUGCCAUUUGUUUCUCUGGUUGCUGUUUAAUAUAGACCCAGUGACUGAUUGUCUUCAGCACACAUCUAAUUUGGCCAUGUACUGCGUUUGGCUAACGUGAUCCAAAAUGUGAUCCAGAUAGUGCUUUUCACUGGAGGAUUGACAGACACGCUACACACAUUAGUGAAUCUUCACACCACCUCAGUGAGGUAGGUUAGAAAUAUUAUACAGAAAUUGAGGCACAAAGAGGUAAGUGACUUGCCCAAACUUCCCAGCAGCACAGUCCCUGGAAAAGGAGGUAAAUCUCCACGCAGGAUUCAUGUGCCAGAGAGCCGGACAGGGACACCCUCAUGUAGCAUUUACUAAAUACUGAGAUAAAGCUGUAGCUGAUCCUUUUGAGAUUUCUUAGCAUUUCUGUACCCUAAAGAGGGGAAGUCUUUUGGGCAACUCUCCUACCCUUGGCUCUCAACUCUCCUGCUGUUCCCCUAUGAAUGCCUUCACAUCGAGACUGCAGCAGCCUUAGAGCGGGACGAGACCUUUCUCAUAGAGAACCUCUGUGGUAGGGUUUUUGAGGUGUGUCCGUUGGAAAGACAGUGGUCAGAAGUGACAGGACUGGGAAGGCGCCUAUAGGGCAAUAAAAUGCUUAUUUUCUCUGAUCAGUUUGUUGAGGUCUCAUCUCUCACUCUUUACCAUAUAGUGAGAAGCAAAAAGAGCUGCAUUCAUUUAAGACAAAUGUACUUCUAAAUCCUGCUAUCUCAUAGAUUGUUGUUGCCAACACGUCUACUAUUGAAGACAUUUAAUAUGGAAAAA